GCCUCAGUGCUCCCCCAAAAUACAGCGAGCAGCGCCCCUGGCAGCAAGGCGGCCCACACUCUGGCCAUGUCGUAGUUGGAUGACGAUCACUGAGCCUACGCCACUACACUACUGCUACACCACCUGCUCAAGGUUCAACAUGGAGAACAAACCCACCACUCUGCGUCUGGCAACAUACAUGUGUCCUGGUGUCCCCGUGGAGUACUUUGAAUUUUUAGCCGAGUACUUGGAAACACAACUGAACUUGGAGACUAUUCUUUUGUACAAUUCACGGAGACGAGGGCCGGACAUCAGCCGUGAAGGUGACCUUCAUAUUGAUAUAGCCUUUGUGUCCACUUCAUCUUACCUCGAAAAUUUUAAGUCCAGCCCGAGCAGUUUCCAGUUACUUCCCGUAGGAGCCGUAACAAAGCACCCGAAGAAGGGCAACGUUCUGGGCUACUACACUGAUAUUCUUGUUCACAGGGAUGUUAACUCUGGAUGGGAACGAGUGAAAGAAUUCUUGGAUGCCAGAGGAUGUAAAUUUGUGUACUCCCACGAAGGUUCCCUCAGCAGCAGUAAACUUGUAUUACGUACAUUGAAGCAGAUGGGAGAGGAUGCAUCGUUCUUCUCCGAUAUACAAGCCUCUGGAAACCACAUGAACUCCAUUGAAACGGUCGUGGCGAAGAAGGCAGAAAUGUCAGCCGUUGAUUCCUUGUCGCUGGCUAACUAUCUGACGUGCCAUUACUACCAGGAACCAGAGCUGCACCUACAGGAAUCAUGGGGUCCACUUCCACCCCAUCCCAUAUUAAUCAACAACAAGUUCCCAGUUGAUUUGAGAAAUAAAAUUGAGGAAGCAUUAUUGAGUAUGCACAAGUUCCCCAAGUGGAUGAAGCAACUCAACACGUUCAGCAUUACAGGCUUCCGCAAGACAUCGUUUGACAAUUAUCUCGAAGCUGCUGACCUCUUAGAUGCUACCAAAAAUCUCUCGUAUGGUAUCACUUAUUACUGAAAAUAUUUUGUUUUAUUUUGAUAAAAGAAAAUAUGUUAAAAGAUAAAUGAUCUAAUUCCAAAUAUAUUUUCAUAAAUUCA